AUGGUAAACCAUAAUAGAUUCCCAGAGGUGUUGGCACUUUUCCUAGUCAUUCUAGUGACUUGCAACGGUGAAACGAAGCGGCAUGAUGUCGCUAAGAGUCGUCAGAAACGAAUCGUGUCCACCCUUAACGCUGACAUGGGAAUUCUUUUUGCGAUCGCGCUACCGCUUGGCAUACCGGAUCGAAAUAUUUUUGUUUCGUACAACUUCGAGGCUAAUUAUAACAAUCCUACCGAUGCCAACACAUUCACCGAAGGAUUCGCCAAUGUUAUCAAAGGUUAUGUGGAACCCUUAACGGCCCCUUCGAGUCCAGUAGCGCCGCUUGGUAUUAGAAGAAGAAGCGUCUCUAAAAGUCAGAGAACGGCCUAUCGGCCUCAAAUUACACGAAAAAACAUCUACAAGAUGCUGCUAAAACACCUUCAGAGUCAACAUUUCAACGGGAAGGCAUGCCUGCAAAGGAUCAUCUGUGAAGCUGCACUCCAUCCGUUCGAUGAACCGAACGGUUUGGUUGGUGAUUUCAUACAGAUAAUAUUGAGCCCAUCGAAUUCAAGAGAGGAGAAUAUACCCAAGGAGUAUCUGAUCGCGGAAGUGAUGGGAAGCAAUGGAUCCUGUACUCAGUAUCAUAGCGGAUGCCCAAAGGAUCCGUUGAGCUAUUCAGAAGUGAUCUUCCCACGAGACGCCAUGUCACUAUCGAUCUGCGUGGCAACAGUGUUCCUCCUGCUGGUAGUGUUUCCGUUGGAAGCCACACGAAAUGCCUCCGAUGCGGUGGAAGAAGGUCGAAUCCUGCUCGCGGGUAAACCGGUACUGGUGUAUCCUCCCUCGAACCCGACCCGUCAUCAGCUGAUCGCGGGUAUUGGUGUUCCGAUACAGGAAAUACCGCACUCGGUCGUGUUCGGUUGGGUUUUGAAGGCAGAGUACUUUCUACCCUCUAAUCGCAGUGACUACGAACCAGUCAAUCUGGAGGGCUGGAAUAAUAGCCGGCGAGCGUUUCCGGAACCACGGUCACGCCGUGCGGUAGAACGGUACGAAGUGGAUAAUGUGUCGAUCCGUGUGGAACCGCUGCUACAAUCGGAAGCUGCCAAGCAACAGGACGACGGAUUCGGUGAUGAUGAGCUACUGAUGGGUGAUGAUGAUGAACAUGUAGAGAAGGAUGAAAGUGAUGCAAUCGAUGGUAAAGCGACUGAAGGCCAUGAGGACACACCGGAAGCGGGAUACAGUGCCGAGCACAGUAGAUGGUCGGUGUACCGUGCCAUUGAAAUGUUAAGUGAAGGUUACGGCUAUGGGGGAAGGCCCUGUAUGCUGCGAACCAUCUGUGAGGCUGCAGAGGCUCAAUUUACGCACACUGGCGGUGUGUUUGCUGAGCUGCUGCAUGUUAUGUUGAGCGCCGGGUGCGAGGGCCGGGUCGAGUUUAGUGUUCGAACAGAACGGAAAGGUGCCGGGAUGUCGGUUAAGUUUUCGUGCCGAGUGUUUGGGCUGCUGUUGGUCAGCAUCGCGCUGUUGCCAGCCACACGAUCCGACUUCAUACCGUGGCUAAUCGUUCCGGAAACGGCCCCUACCCGUCAUCAGCUGAUUAGUGGCAUCGGUAUACCGGUCGGAACACCGGAAUCCAUCACCAGCGGAUGGGUCCUUAAGGCCCAAUACUUCCUGCCGACCAAGGUGGACGAUCUGAAGCCCGAAUUGUGGGAAAACUGGAACGAUAGCCGGCGUGCGCUGACGAAGAGGGACCUGGCGUUUCCUGUUACCCAGCUGCCCAACCUAGCACCGCACCAUGAACAUUACGAUGCGGAUAACGUUGUGGUACGGGAGGAGAAGCUUCCCGAUAAGCUCGCUGGUGAGGGCGAAGAGUUUGACGAUGGUGACGAUGCUUACUGGAUCGACGAGGAAGAUGAGCAGCUGCGAAAGAACUCAGCAUCGAUACCAGUGCCAAACGAACUCGAUCCGAAGCAGCUAGAAGGAUAUAGUGCAGAGCAGUCACGCUGGACCUCGUACAAGGCGAUGGAGAAAUUAAGCGAAAACUAUGGACUUGCUGGCCGUCCGUGUGUCCUGCGCAGUGUCUGUGAAGCUGCCGCGGCACAGUUCACGCACACCGGGGGCAUAUUUGCCGAGCUGCUGCACAUCGUCUUCACGCCAUCCAGUACUAGCGAGCCAGUGUCGGAGCACCGUGAUAAUGAGUACUUUCGGGCGGAACAACUUGGCCGUUCCGGGGCACCCUGCGAGCGACUGUUUCCAGAGUGUGUCCAUUCGCUGCUAGACAUCUUCUCGGGCGUGCACGAUCCGGUCACGAACAGCAUGCGACUCCUGCACGAUGAGGUUAAGGCAUAUCUUAUGAGAAAGUGA